AUGUCCCUGGCAAAUAGCCCCAUGUUGGAAAAAUCCUCGUUGACAAAAUUAUUCCCAGUGUCUGGAUUGAUAGAUCUAAUCGUGGAGAACACCGCCAUUGAUUGCUUGAACAGCAGCAACUCGAGCAGGACAGACGAGUCGAGGUACGUGAACAGCUCGCAAGAGGCCAGCUCGAGCGCCUUGAGCCCUGUGGCCGCGAAUGCCCACAAGCUCAGCUGUUUCGACGGGACGAAAAGAAGCCAGAUUAUAAGAAGCACAAUUGUGUGCAGUAGUGUCCUGGCAGAAGGCUGA